AUGUAUAUCUUUACAGCAACUGGUAAUAAAUGGACCAAGAACAAUAUCAACUGGUACGUCACUAAAUAUACUAAUCAACUGUCACAGGACGACCAGAGGAGGUCGUUUAGAAAAGCGUUAAAGAAAUGGGCCGAUGUGUCAUCAUUGGAAUUUACAGAACGAAGAGAAGAAGUUGAUAUUGAGAUAAAAUUUGUGACGAGAGAUCACGGUGAUAAUAGUUCUUUUGAUGGUCCCAGUACAAUCUUGGCUCAUGCGUUUGCUCCAGGACGAGUUGCUCUGGCUGGUGACGCUCAUUUUGACGACGACGAACAGUGGACAGCCGACGUCGAUAAUGAGGACAAAAAUAAGAAAUUUUUGGAAUUGAUCGCAGCUCAUGAGUUUGGUCAUGCUCUGGGUUUGGAGCAUUCCUUUGACUCUCGUGCCCUGAUGAGUGCCUAUUAUGUCAACUCACAGAGAGAAUAUGAGUUAGCUCAAGAUGAUAUUAAUGGAAUACAGUUUCUUUACGGUAAGUUAAACACAAGUUCUAUGGUCGGCAUCACUAUUAUUACUGUGAUGUCGCCCAUUGAAUCUAAUGUUUUACAUACAAUAAACACAGCUGUAAAUGCGUACAGAUAA